AUGUGUACUUCUGGUCUAGAGUUCAAUACCUUUUCCACUCAUCCAGAACAUUCAGUGGAUUUGAACUAUCGCGGGAUACGAAUAAAAGUGUAUAAGAAUGGUGAUCAAUAUGACCCAGGAACAAUAGUGGUUAUUUGUCGAAAGAGAUUUAAACACUGGCUUACUUUUCUGGACUUUCUUACUAAGAAAUUAAAUUUAAUGGCUCCUGUUCACGAAUUCUAUCGAACAGAUGGCUUCUGCAUUCGACAUUUCGAAGAAAUUGAAAAUGGAGGAUCAUACGUAGCUGUAUCUCAAGGACCAUUUCUUCAUAAACCGUAUGGAUUGCUAUUUGAAGAUCGUGAAAAAUGGAAUAUCAAUACAAAAUUUGAAUCUGCAGAACAGAGCACUCUUGAUUCGGCUGAAUCCGUGGAUAUUUAUCUGAAACAACGUGGUUACACUUCUCGAACCGGUCUUCCAUUCCCAUUUGAUGGCGGUGUUUGUGCCAAUCAUUCUUUAAUGGAUUUUGGGCGUAAUCGUGAUCCUUCGUCCAAUCUUUCUAUCCGUCAACAUCGUAAUGAGCAGGUAAGCUGA